AUGCAGAAAAAGAAUAAAAGUACGAAAUGUCUACUUCCAAUCGAUAUGAGUAAACCAAAACGUUUUAAAAGUGAAACUACCCUUUUAGAAAACUUACCUAACGAGCUUUUUCUUGAGGCUUUUGGUUAUUUAAAUGGUGUCGAUGUCGUCUAUGGUUUUUCUCAACUCAAUUACCGUCUUGAGGAUUUAUUAAAUAAUUAUGUUACUAACUUUGAUUUUAAAUCAGUUAGCAGAGCUAAAUUUACUUAUAUUACUCAACGACAUGAUAUACAUCGAUGGCGAUCAUUACAUAUGUCGGAUGACGAUCAUACACCAGGACAAAUAAAAUGUUUUUCUCAAUUAUUUCCACCUAAUGAAUAUAUUAAUCGAUUAGAAUGCUUAAGUGUUUUACAUAUGAAACCUGGAUUUGCUCAAGAAUUUUUAUUACAAAUUCGGUCCUUGAAUAAUCUUGUUUCAUUAUCGAUUGGACAGAUAUGUGGAUUGAAUAUUCAAUCAAUUGAAUUAUCAUCAUUAAAACGACUUAUACUCACUUCGUGUAAGCAUACAAAUUGGAUACAGAAUUUUCAGACUUUAGAAAAUCUUCAAUAUACAAUUGACUACAAUUGUUCUCACUCUCAUAGUUUAAUACUUCCACGAACAUUAAAACAUUUUAAAAUAUUCUACUCAGAAAGAGAAGAUGGAGAUGAUCUUCGAAAAUUACUAAAACAGCUGCCACAAUUAACUAGACUUACUUUAUACGAUAGAGGAAAAGUCAGUCCAAUUCCUGAUGGUAGAACUUGGGAAGAACUUAUUGUAUCAUCGUUACCAUUAUUAAAGACUUUUCAAUUCUUUUUUCCAUUCUGCCAAUAUCGUUAUCUUUCAAGUGAUAUAAAUCAAAUACUGGCAUCAUUUUCAACACCUUUUUAUUUAAGUGAAAAGCAUUGGUUUAUACGAUACGAUCGUAGUUCAUGUGACUCAAACACUGGUACCGUUUAUUCUUUACCGUUUGCCUUUUCAUCUAUGGCAAUUAAUAUACAUUCGUUCGAUAUGAGUGCUACUACGUUACCAUUCAAUGAUUCCGAUAAAAUCGAAACCCAUUAUUACAGUAAAAUUAAUACGAUAGUAUUACAUGAAAAAUGUAAAGAGCCACAUACUGAGAUUUUUUCUUCUAAUAUUGUUCAUCUUAUUCUCAAGGUUAAUCUACCGAGUUGGAUUGAUCUUUUAACAAAUUUACGUUGUUUACAUGUUGGAUGGAAUGUACAUAUGACACCAACUGAAUGUUCACAUUUACUUCAAAAUGCAUCUAAUCUUCGAUCAUUAAAAAUAUCGAUUUUUAGCUUAAAAAUAGUAACAGAUAAAUUUAGCAAUGAAACUGUUUGCAAUGAGCUAUCUCGAAAAAUCGAAUCUUUAACUAUAUCGAAUUUUGUUGAUGGAUACAGUCGACGCUCUGUUAGUGUACGUGUACUUACUUCACUUGUUCGUAUUUUUUCAAUGAAUUGUCAACAUCUAACAAUAGCAUUAAUGUCACAUCCGAAUACGGUCUAUCCAAUUUUACGCCGUAUGAAAAACUUACGUAGUUUACAUAUUACAUGGAGUGUUCAACGAAGAAAUUUUAGUACUCCCAUAUCACAAUUGCUUCAAGAACAAUCAACAGAUCCUAAAGCCAUAGAUUUCAUUGAUACUUAUGACGGAAAUCAACUUUUUAUAUGGUUUGGUAAUCGAAUUUAA